CUCCACUUACGUACGUUAGCCUCUGUGCAUUAAAAACCACAUAUAAUUCAAUUCAAUUUUGCUUCAAAUUAGGUGGGUACCUGUGCUGUGCCGUGCUUCCAUAUAUACACACAAAUCCAUCCAUCUUCAUCAAGAACAAACUCAUUAAGCUAAUUACAAUUAGCAAGAAAGACAUGCCUUCUGCCAUGAAGCUCCCAGCUUUCAUCGUCUUCUUCGGCCUCUCUUCUCUCCUGAUGCAGCUUCAACAAAUUAGAGGCGAGGUGAUCUGCGACAACUUGCCGGCGGGGCUCUGCACGCUGGCGGUUGCGUCGUCGGGGAAGAGGUGUGUGCUCGAGAACUACCGGAAUGACAAGGGGAACUUGGAGUACACCUGCACCUCGUCGGAGGUCGUCGUCGAGAGACUCGCCGCCUACAUAGAGACCGACCACUGCGUCGCCGCCUGCGGCGUUGACCGUCAGUCCGUCGGAAUUUCCUCCGACGCCCUCCUCCAGCCUGAGUUCGUCGCCAAGCUCUGCUCCCCGCCCUGCUACGAUAACUGCCGCAACAUUGUCGAUCUCUACUUCAAUCUCGCCGCCGGCGAAGGAGUGUUUCUGCCGGCGCUGUGCGAGAAGCAUAGGUCCAACCCCCACCGCGAGAUGCUGGCGAUAUUGAGCAGCGGCGCCGCCGCCUCUGCUGACGCCACUGCCGCCGCCCCGACCCCCGCUCCCGUCUUCGGUUCUCCGGCGCCGCCACCCUCUGCCUUUUAAUAAUAAUAAACACGGAAUUGCUUUGGUCUGUUUUUGGCAGAGUUCAUUGUUUAUUAAUUAAUUAAUUAAUUAUUACACCGAUGACGACGACGACGAUAUAUGUGUUCUUAUCUUCCUAAGUUGUGCGGCCUCUUCGUCAUCCUUUCUAUUCCUAUGGUUUUGAGUUGUAAUAAUAAUACUAGUUAUUUAUUUAUUUAUUAUUUAUCUAUCAUUAUUUGUUGGUUCUGAAA